AUUUUGAAUGGAGACAUGGUAUCUAUAACUUAAAUGUAUGCAUCUUGAAAUAAUAGGCUAGGAUGUUUUAAAAGUUGUUUAUUUUGAUACGGAUUUUGACUAUGGAUUAAUCUUGGAUGAAACUCGGCUCGGUUGGAUAUUUGGGCAUUCGGUGAAGGCGUCAUUCCAAAUAUCCAACGGAGCCGAAUCUCGGUUGAGAUUAGCUAUGGAGAAACAAGAGGAACGAAGUUCGUCUUUCCCCUUUGUAUAUGACGUAAAAAUGAAAAUGCCAUGUCGGGAUUCGAACCUGCGCCUCCUAAAUACCCAGCUAGGUGCGCUACCAACUGAUCUAUCUGGCCACCAGUGAUCAAACUCGUCUGACUGUCGCAUUCAUCCCUCCUUAAAUGUCUUCACACCUUCAAGACAUCAACCCAGGAUCUUUAUCCACUGGCAAUUAAAUAUAUGGAAAUUCCACCAGUUCAACCUCAGCAGUAGCAGAUGUCAGUGAGGGACAAGACGAGGAAGGACCACCGAGCCUUGUACAAAGCAAAGACGCCUCCUUGGAAAGACGCUUACAGAAAGAGAUGCAUAGCCAGAUUGAGAGAAAGCAGAGAAAAGUUGCAGGAAAAGUUCCGCAAUAUUAAGUCGGCCAUUAAUGAAGACGAUGAAUUUAUAACAGACCUUAUGAGACAGGAGCUUCAGACAAUGCAGAAAAAGUUUUGUGCAGGGGAAGAAAAACUUGAUAUUGAGAUGGAUGAUUUUGAUGCUGCUGAUUUUGAUAUUGAGAGUGUGCUAAACCUGUUUGAAGAUAUUCAAGAUGAACUUAGACAAGAGGAACUAAAGAUGUUGGCAGAGUUUGAGAAGUAUGAGGCCAGUUUACUUGAAGAAGAAAAUGUGUUGUGUUCAGCCAUAGAGAGACUGACAGCUGAAGAAGUCAUAUGCCCUGUGUGUCAAAAGAGCUGUCUGUUACAAAACAAGUCUGUGAUAUUCUGUAAAUGUGGGGUCCGAGUUGAUACUGAGCAGGAUUGUUUAAACUUGAAAAACGUUAAAGCACUGCUUGAGGAUGGAGUGAAAGUUCAUGGAGACACAUGCGACUCUCCGCCUACCUUCUCUGUUGUGUCAGAGCUGGGACCUCAAAAUCUUCUCAUGUCCUGCAAGGUACACCCAUUUGUUUUUACUAAAUUCCCCAUUCUCAAGAUUUAUGUACCUAAAAAUUUAGCAAAUUUUACACAUAUUGAGUCUUAUGGAAAUUAAAUUAUUAAACAAGCAGAAAAUAUAAUUAUGCACUAUACAGUAUCUUGUAUAAAAAUGCUUAAUUCUCUUUUAUUUAUUUAUUUUUUAUUUUUUUUCAGUCUUGUGAUUGGAUGUCCAUAAUCAUAUAAGUUCUUCAUUAAAGACUGUCAUAUGUAAGAGUACAAGAGAUGUGGUUGUGAUAUGUAGAGAGAAGUAGCUUUAGGAGUAAUUGUACAUGAGAUAAUUUGAUUUUCUGUAAGAAUGCUUCAUGGGUGUAGAGUAGAGAUUGCAGCAGGUGAAUGUAUGUUUUCAAUGAUGACUAUUUUCUGAUUUGACAUAUUUUUUCAUGUUCCUUAUACAGACACGUUUUCACAAUAAAUUGACUUUCCAGUCAUUAGUUUUGUAUGUUAUUGAUAUCAGAUCAUGAAGUGAAUGUGAUUAUUCAGUUUCUCCAAAGUAUGACUAAUUGUGCUCAUACAGUCAGUGUAUAUAGAUUUUUAACUACAGAUCAUAAUAAAGAUGAAAACACACAUA